AUGCCACCCCCUGCUAACGUGGGGCGAGCCCCUGGCCCGCCGGACGGCGGCUGGGGCUGGGUGGUGGUCUUCGGCGCUUUCAUUUCUAUCGGCUUCGCAUACGCCUUCCCCAAAGGCGUAGCCAUCUUCUUCAAAGAAAUCCAGGAUUUCUUUGGCACGUCCUAUAGCGAGAUCGCCUGGGUCUCCUCGAUCAUGUUGGCCACGACGUAUGGUGCAGGUCCCAUUAGCAGUAUUUUAGUAAACCGCUAUGGCAGCCGACCCGUGGUUAUAUUCGGAGGCCUGCUGUGUGGCAUUGGGAUGGUCUCAGCUGCCUUCUGCACCAGCAUCCUGCAGCUCUACAUCUGUGUGGGCUUCAUCACAGGAUUCGGCCUUGCUCUCAACCUCCAACCAUCAGUAAUAAUCAUAGGGAAAUACUUUUUAAAGAGAAGACCCAUCGCAAAUGGCCUUGCUAUGGCGGGGAGCCCUGUGAUGCUUUGCACCCUGGCUCCUCUCAACCAGUUCCUUUUUGACAACUUUGGCUGGAGGGGCAGCUUUUUAAUUCUUGGGGCAAUUUUAUUAAACUGCUGUGUGGCUGGAGCCCUUUUCAGACCCAUCGGGGCAGCCACAGCAUCAGUCAAAACCCAGGCGAUUGAGGAAGGGAAGGAUGCUCUCAAGGACAAGGUCACUAAGGAUGUCAUGGAAAUGAGUAGUCCUGUGAACAUCCCCAUGGAGACCAAAACGGAAGACGAAGGAGGAAAAGACUGUUGUGAGAAAAUCAAUCAAUACCUUGAUUUUUCCCUCUUUAAGCACAGAGGGUUCUUGAUUUACUUGAUCGGAAAUGUGCUCAUGUUCCUGGGAUUUUUUGCCCCCAUUGUUUUUCUGGCACCCUAUGCAAAGCACAUCGGCAUUGAUGAAUAUUCAGCUGCUUUCCUCCUUUCUAUCCUUGCUAUUGUGGAUAUGAUUGCCCGACCUACCACUGGCAUCAUUGCAAACAGCAAGUGGGUGAGGCCGCGGAUUCAAUACUUUUUCAGCUUCUCCAUUGCUUUCAACGGCACCUGCCACCUUCUGUGCCCACUGGCUUCUGGCUACACGGGGCUUGUCGUCUACUCUGUCUUUUUCGGCUUGGCCUUCGGCAUGGUUUGUGCCAUGCUCUUUGAAACGCUCAUGGACCUCGUGGGAGCUGCCCGGUUCACAAGCGCUGUUGGCCUGGUCACCAUUGCGGAGUGCUGCACAAUAUUGCUGGGACCACCUAUUGGAGGAACUCUUAUUGAUACCUUUGGGGACUAUAAAUAUAUGUUCAUUAAAUGUGGAGCUGUGAUGGUCCUGGCAGGAACCUUCCUGUUCAUCAUGAAUUAUUAUAAUUAUCGUAUGCUUGCCAAGGAGGAGAAGGAAAGAAAGGCAAAAGAAGAGGAGCCUAAAUCUGUAAGGACAGAAAAUGAAGGCAGAAAUAACUGGAAGAAAGAAACCACACAGGAUGGGCCUGAGUUGGAACCUUUGAGACAGGAACAAGAAGGACUGAAGAAGGAAGUGAAUGGCACAAAUGAAGUUUAA